UUGCCUCAAGCUUCCUAUAAACAUAAAUUUCCUUGUUUAUGUUACAGUCACAUGUGCAGCAGUGACAAAAACAUCAGUUUCAACAUUGCUAAGUCCUUCCCUCGAAGGAAAAAAAAUCUCAAGAAAUACGUAAAAACAAUCAUGCAUGAAAUACAACUCUGGUCAAUCAAUUAACACUGCGCUGUUCAUCUAGAUUAUAUAUAUACACACACACACAUAUGUAUGUAUCUUCACUCAGCUUGCACAGUUGAAUUCAUCCUCCAGAUAUAUGGAAAUGAAUGAUCCAAACCCGCACAAUAAGCCCCUCAUACCACCUCUACCGAGGGACCCACGGGGAUCGCUCGAGGUCUUCAAUCCAUCUUCUGCAUCCAGGCCAUCCCACCCGGCCUCCAAGACUAUAGCAGAGAUAUUCAGGGACCGUGAAGGCCAGAAGUCGCCGGCAAAGUCCCCGAAGCAAGGAGAAGUAGGCGCCGCGGCGCAGAGGGCUGCUGAGUGGGGCCUGGUCCUGAAGACUGAUGAAGAGACGGGUAAACCACAGGGGGUGAAAGUGAGGACUUCCGGCGAUGAGCCCAACAAAGCGGGGAAUUCCAGGAGGGAUUCCGGCAACUCCGUCCGGAGCUCCGGCGACCUGUCUGACGACGGAACAGGUGACGGAUUAAUAUUAAUAUUAAAUUAAUUAAUU